AAGUCGGUCCUACGUCGCCGCCAUCUUGAUAUUUAUCAACCAGCGUUUAGUUUUAUAAUGAAUAUAACCCAAUUGGACUUUGGAACAUAAAGAUGGCUGACCGACGAAAAUUACAAGCCGAAAUCGAUCGGUGUAUAAAGAAGGUAGACGAAGGUGUUCAGACAUUUCAAGAAAUAUGGGAUAAGGUUCAUAAUGCAAGCAAUACGAACCAAAAAGAAAAAUUUGAAGCUGAUUUGAAAAAAGAAAUAAAGAAAUUACAACGCCUACGAGACCAAAUCAAAUCAUGGCUUACUUCCAAUGAUAUUAAAGAUAAACGCCAGUUACAGGAAUAUAGACGUUUGAUAGAAACGCAGAUGGAACGUUUUAAAGUAGUUGAAAGGGAAACUAAAACAAAAGCGUAUUCGAAAGAAGGGCUCGGUUCUGCUCAGAAACUAGAUCCAGCUCAAAAAGAGAAAGAUGAUAUUUGUCAUUUCCUUGCGUCAUUAAUUGAAAAAUUGAAUAUUCAAAUUGAUAAAUGUGAGAGUGAAGUCGAAAGUUUGAACGCUAAUAAGAAAAAGAAGACUGAUAAAGAUAAAUUAGCUAAAUUGGAUGAUCUUCAGUAUCGGUUGCAACGUCAUCAAUUUCAUGUUAGCCGAAUGGAGACGUUAAUGCGUAUGCUGGACAAUGAUGCUGUUGAUGUUGAGGGAAUAAAAGGUAUUCAAGAUGGCCUUGAGUAUUAUGUAGACUCAAAUCAAGAUGUUGAUUUUAUGGAAGACGAAGCGAUCUACGAGGAUUUGAAUGUAGAGUCAUUUUAUCUACAACAAAACUCCUUAGCAUCCGUUCAGGAGAACGAAGGGGAUACUGAUUCGCCUCCUGAUACUCCUCCCAUUGAAGAAAGCGCACCACCAAAAUUAAAUCGGACGCCUAGUAAUGAAGAACAAAAAACGGCUAGGAAGGUUGUAAAUAAUAAUCCAACGGCGCCGCCUCCGGCACCUCCUACACCGCCACCUCCUCCUCCACCAGCGCCUACGAGGAGAACACCAACCCCUGUUCAUUCGCCGAUUCAGGUUCAACAGCUUCCGCCCAUAUCGCCUCCUCCCCCGUUAGUAAAUGGAACAACACCGCAAUUAUCAUCUUUAAAGAGUAUGGCACAACAAACACUCGCAGAGUCAGAAGCAGGGCAGCAGCUGCAAUCGGUAGCUCCUCCCCCUCAGCCUUCCAUUACCCAUACGUCAUCGGCUUCUCCCAUCACAAGUGCUCCUCAACAGACUUGUACGAUAAAGCUUAAUCCUAUGUUAGGAGUAGCGCCUUUGGGUCCGCAACCGCUUAACGAAGAGCAUAAAAGGGAAAUUAGAAUGCAGGAGUCGGCAUUUAAUCAUGUACCACAACCAUCCGACUCUGAAAGAUUACGACUGUACAUGCCAAGGAAUCCUUAUCAAACGGCCCAACAUUUUCCUCAAGUGCCGCCUCCACAUUCUGACACUGUUGAAUUUUUUCAACGAUUAUCUACAGAGACGCUGUUCUAUAUAUUUUAUUAUAUGGAAGGUACGAAGGCUCAGUACAUGGCGGCAAAGGCUUUGAAGAAACAAUCCUGGAGGUUUCAUACAAAAUAUAUGAUGUGGUUCCAGAGGCACGAAGAACCUAAAACUAUAACUGAUGAAUACGAACAGGGAACAUAUAUAUUUUUUGAUUAUGAAAAAUGGGGUCAGCGGAAAAAAGAGGGUUUCACUUUUGAAUAUCGCUAUCUGGAAGACCGAGACCUUAAUUAAAUAUAAGUCCUUUCUACCCCCUUCCUCUUCUAAAAAAUAAACCGCAGUCAUCAACUUUAUUAAGCGUUUAAAAAUUAGACUGUUAUAUUUUUUCCGUAUGAAAAUAUUUGAUGUACUGAUGUUAAAACAUUUCAGACAUAAAGACGUUUUAAGCAGGAAAAAAUACAAAUAAUUGCAAAACAAAUCAAGUUGUUAAAGGCUAAACAAAGUUGAUCUUCUCAGAUCACAACUAGAAGAAGGAAUCGAAGUAGUAAAGCCAAUUAGUUAAAAAAGUUAAAGAAUUGCUCAAUUCCAGAAGAAAUUAUCAUAAUCUCUGCUGUGAGAUAGAUAUGUAUAUGCAAUAUAUAUACAUAUAAUGAUAUAUUUAUUUUUUUUUUUCAUUAAAUUUACUUGAUCCUACUAAAAUAUAUAUAUUUUUUAAACUUUUCCCCUCCUCCCUCCUUUAUAAGCAAAAGAGAAAAAGAUUAAAAAAAAAGAAAAAUUUGACUGUUUAGAAAGUUAACAUUUUCUAAAUCGUAACUGCCCGUUUUUUUUUUUUUUUUU